AUGGAGCUUUUCAUCCACACUUUCGACAAUAAGAUUCAUUCAUGCAAAUUCUCAAACACUGAUACAAUACGUACAGUUCAGCAAAGAUUCAAUCCUUCUUUAGAAACUUUGAUUUUAUACAGAAACUCUAUUCUAGUACCAAAUCUUACAUUAUUUGAUUACAAAAUCACUAGUGGUGAUCACAUCUACAUAAUUCCUCAAACAUCUUCUGUUCAACAGAAGUCACUAGUGCUAGAAAGCAACUUGCCAGCCGGCCCAAAGUUUGAAAUCGAAAGAAUGAAAGAUCAAAUGUAUUUCAAACUUGAUUCAAGUCCCCAAUACUAUAUCAAAAUUGUUAAACGUUUCAAUAGGAUGGUGGAAAGAGAAUUCACCCGUCAGGAUACCCAAACACCUAUAAUUCCCUCAAUCCCGAAUAAGCCAUCAGUUGCCCCACUUCCUGCCUUUUGGAAGUAA